GAGCGGCGGUUGAGGGCGGCGGGACCCGGGCUGGCGGAGGGAUAACCGGCUGCCGCACGCAGACCGGUGCGGAGGGAUCCAUACGCUGGAACCGCCCGUCGGUGUGGGAGGGAAGAGGGGGCGAGUGAUGCGGCACGGCCGGCCUGGCUGAGGCGAGGUGGCCGUUAUUUGGGAGAAGGGAAUCCCAGUAGCUAGGCAGCCUCCCUCUUUUCUUCCCUUCCUUCCUUCUACCCGUUCGGUAUGUAGGAAGGGAGAGACAUCAAUGGAAAGGCUGAAAUACGUGUAGAUGGACUUUCAGAUGCAUUUUUUCUUGAAAGAGGAAGACAAAUCCCAGUUACCAGUGCACUGACUUUUUUGUUGUUGCUGUUGCAUUGCUUGGUGAAAAUGGGGUUCGCUUACUUCAGCUAAAUCCUUGGAGCAUUUCAGAGAGUUGCUACAGUGAAGGACUUUCAUAUUUUUUGCAUCAGAGGAGCUACAUUGAUGUUAAUUUUUUUGUAAAAUGGAGAACGAAAUAUUCACACCCCUUUUGGAGCAGUUCAUGUCUAGCCCUCUUGUCACCUGGGUUAAGACGUUUGGACCGUUAGCUGGAGGAAAUGGGACCAACCUGGAAGAAUAUGUGGCGCUAGUGGAUGGCGUGUUUCUGAACGAAGUCAUGCUGCAAAUUAAUCCAAAGUCUGCUAAUCAGAGGAUAAACAAAAAAGUGAACAACGAUGCAUCAUUAAGGAUUCAAAAUUUGUCUAUUUUGGUGAAACAAAUUAAAACUUACUAUCAGGAGAAUUUGCAGCAGUUGAUCAUGAUGUCUUUGCCAAAUGUAUUAAUAAUUGGCAAAAAUCCUUUUUCUGAGCCAGGUACUGAAGAAAUAAAAAAACUCCUCCUGCUUUUACUUGGUUGUGCGGUUCAGUGUCAGAAGAAAGAAGAGUUCAUUGAAAGAAUCCAAAGUCUGGAUUUUGAUACUAGAGCAGCUGUUGCAGCCCAUAUUCAAGAGGUAACUCAUAAUCAGGAAAAUGUGUUUGACCUGCAGUGGAUGGAUGUCAUUGUAUUGACACAAGAGUAUGUUGAACCUCUCUUGAAAAAUAUGGCGCUACAUUUAAAAAGACUUAUAGAUGAAAGAGAUGAGCACUCAGAGACUAUCAUAGAACUCUCAGAAGAACGGGACUGUCUCCGUUUUCUACCUCAUGCAUCAGCAGCACAAUCACCUUGUGGAUCUCCUGGCAUGAAACGCACUGAAAGCAGACAGCACCUGUCAGUAGAGCUAGCAGAUGCCAAAGCGAAGAUAAGGCGGCUUAGGCAAGAGCUUGAGGAAAAGACUGAGCAGUUGCUUGACUGUAAACAAGAACUUGAACAGAUGGAAGCAGAACUAAAGAGACUUCAGCAAGAGAAUAUGAAUUUACUCUCAGAUGCCCGAUCUGCCAGAGUCUAUAGAGAUGAAUUAGAUGCCCUUCGUGAGAAGGCAAUUCGAGUCGACAAGCUUGAAAGUGAAGUCAGCCGGUAUAAAGAGAGGCUGCAUGAUAUUGAAUUCUACAAAGCUAGAGUGGAGGAAUUGAAGGAAGACAAUCAGGUGUUGCUAGAAACCAAGACAAUGUUGGAAGAUCAAUUAGAGGGGACCCGAGCCCGUUCUGAUAAAUUACAUGAGUUAGAAAAAGAGAAUCUACAAUUAAAAGCUAAAUUGCAUGAUAUGGAGAUGGAACGUGAUAUGGACAGAAAGAAGAUUGAGGAGCUCAUGGAGGAAAAUAUGACUCUAGAAAUGGCUCAGAAACAAAGUAUGGAUGAAUCAUUGCAUCUUGGCUGGGAACUUGAACAGAUAAAUAGGACUACUGAACUUUCUGAAGUGCCACAGAAAUCACUUGGCCAUGAAGUAAAUGAACUGACAUCAAGCAGACUGCUGAAGCUGGAAAUGGAAAACCAAAGUUUGCUGAAGACAGUGGAAGAAUUGCAAAGUGCAGUGGGUUCUGUAGAAGGCAGUAGUUCGAGGAUUCUGAAGAUGGAAAAAGAAAACCAAAGACUUAGCAAAAAGCUUGAAGAGCUAGAGAAUGAAAUUAGUCAAGAGAAACAAAGUCUUCAGAACAGUCAGAAUUUGAGCAAAGAUUUGAUGAAAGAAAAAGCACAGCUUGAAAAGACACUUGAAACACUUCGCGAAAACUCAGAGCGACAAAUUAAGCUUUUAGAACAAGAAAAUGAACAUUUGAAUCAAACUGUAGCUUCUCUGAGACAACGCUCACAAAUCAGUGCUGAAGCGAGAAUGAAAGAAAUUGAAAAAGAAAAUAAAAUCCUUCAUGAGUCCAUUAAAGAGACCAGUAGUAAGUUAAAUAAGAUUGAAUUUGAAAAAAAACAAGUCAGAAAAGAACUGGAACACUACAAAGAGAAAGGGGAGAGAGCAGAAGAACUUGAGAAUGAGCUGCAUCGUCUGGAGAAGGAAAAUGAACUAUUACAGAAAAAAAUUACUAACUUAAAAAUUACUUGCGAGAAGAUCGAGGCCUUAGAACAAGAAAACUCAGACCUGGAAAUGGAAAACAGAAAACUGAAAAAAACUUUGGAUAGCCUAAAAAAUCUCACUUUUCAAUUAGAAUCAUUAGAAAAGGAGAAUUCGCAACUGGAUGAGGAAAAUUUAGAAUUAAGAAGAACAAUUGAAUCCUUGAAGUGUACAAGCAUUAAAGUGGCACAGUUACAACUAGAAAAUAAGGAACUGGAGAGUGAAAAGGAGCAGCUUAAAAAAAGCCUUGAACUCAUGAAAGCCUCAUUUAAGAAAACUGAACGCUUGGAAGUCAGCUACCAAGGCCUGGACACAGAAAACCAAAGGCUACAGAAAGCCCUUGAAAACAGCAAUAAGAAGAUUCAGCAAUUAGAAAGUGAAUUACAAGAUUUAGAGUCUGAAAAUCAGACUCUGCAAAAGAACUUGGAAGAGUUGAAAAUCUCUAGUAAGCGCCUAGAACAAUUAGAAAAGGAGAAUAAAUUGUUAGAACAAGAGACUUCUCAACUGGAAAAAGAUAAGAAACAGCUAGAGAAAGAAAAUAAGAGACUUCGACAACAAGCAGAAAUUAAAGAUAGUACCUUAGAAGAAAACAAUGUAAAAAUUAGUAAUCUGGAAAGGGAAAAUAAAUCUCUAUUUAAAGAAAUAGUUGUAUAUAAAGAGUCAUGUGUUCGCCUGAAAGAACUAGAAAAAGAAAAUAAAGAACUCGUGAAAAGAGCUACCAUUGAUAAGAAAACCCUUGUCACUUUACGAGAGGACUUGGUGAAUGAAAAAUUAAAGACUCAACAAAUGAACAAUGAUCUAGAAAAACUUGCCCAUGAACUUGAAAAAAUAGGCUUAAACAAGGAGCGUCUCUUGCAUGAUGAGCAGAGCAGUGAUGACAGUAGGUACAAGCUUUUGGAGUCAAAAUUAGAAUCCACACUUAAGAAGUCUCUUGAAAUAAAGGAAGAAAAAAUUGCUGCUUUGGAGGCUCGUUUAGAAGAAUCAACAAAUCUAAACCAGCAACUCCGUCAGGAACUUAAAACAGUGAAGAAGAACUAUGAAGCUCUCAAGCAAAGACAAGAAGAGGAAAGGAUGGUUCAGAAUUCACCUCCAAGAAGUGGAGAAGAAAAUCAGUCUGUCAAUAAGUGGGAGAAAGAAAAUCAGGAAACUACUAGAGAAUUAUUGAAAGUUAAAGAUAGAUUAAUCGAAGUGGAAAGGAAUAAUGCUACACUGCAGGCAGAGAAGCAAGCACUGAAGACACAAUUAAAGCAACUUGAGACACAGAAUAGUAAUCUGCAGGCUCAGAUUCUUGCACUUCAGAGACAGACUGUUUCUCUACAGGAACAAAAUACAACUCUACAAACUCAAAAUGCCAAGCUGCAGGUUGAAAAUUCUACCCUUAAUUCUCAAAGCACAUCCCUUAUGAAUCAGAAUGCACAGCUGUUGAUUCAGCAGUCUGCUUUGGAAAAUGAAAAUGAAUGUGUGCUCAAGGAACAUGAGGAUCUGAAAUCAUUGUAUGAUUCGCUUCUCAAAGAUCAUGAAAAACUUGAACACCUACAUGAACGCCAAGCUUCUGAGUAUGAAUCUCUGAUUGCUAAACAUGGAAGUCUUAAAUCUGCACACAAAAAUCUGGAGGUGGAGCAUAAGGACUUAGAAGAUAGGUACAAUCAAUUGCUGAAACAGAAAGUACAGCUGGAAGAACUGGAGAAAGUACUCAAGAUAGAACAGGAGAAGAUGCUGCAACAAAGUGAAAAACAUGAAACUGUAGCAACAGAGUAUAAAAAACUUUGUCAUGAAAAUGAAAGGCUUACUCAUACAUACAGUCAGCUCCUGAGAGAGAACGAAGUUCUCCAAACUGAUCAUAAGAAUUUGAAAACAUUAUUGAAUAAUUCCAAACUAGAACAAACUCGAUUAGAAGCUGAGUUUUCUAAACUCAGAGAACAGUAUCAACAACUGGAUAUUACAUCAACAAAACUAAAUAAUCAGUGUGAGCUGCUUAGCCAGCUUAAAGGAAAUCUGGAGGAGGAAAACAGACAUCUACUAGAUCAAAUUCAGACAUUAAUGCUACAGAAUAGAACAUUACUUGAGCAGAAUAUGGAAAGCAAGGAUCUCUUCCAUGUAGAGCAAAGGCAGUACAUUGACAAGCUAAAUGAAUUAAGGCGACAGAAGGAGAAACUGGAGGAGAAGAUAAUGGAUCAGUAUAAAUUUUAUGAACCAUCUCCGCCAAGAAGAAGGGGCAACUGGAUUACUCUGAAAAUGAGGAAGCUGAUAAAAUCUAAGAAGGAUGUUAAUCGAGAACGUUUGAAGUCCGUGACCCUUACACCUACCCGUUCAGAAUCCAGUGAAGGAUUUCUUCAGCUGCCCCACCAGGACAGUCAGGAUAGUUCCUCUGUGGGCUCAAACUCUCUUGAAGAUGGCCAGACCUUGGGGACCAAAAAGAGUAGUAUGGUUGCACUGAAAAGACUGCCCUUUUUGAGGAACAGACCGAAGGAAAAAGACAAAAUGAAGGCCUUCUACCGUCGCUCCAUGUCCAUGAAUGACCUGGUGCAGUCCAUGGUCCUAGCAGGAGGACAAUGGACAGGUAGUUCUGAACAUCUGGAGGGUCCUGAUGAUAUAUCUACGGGUAAAAGGAGGAAAGAAUUGGGAGCUAUGGCCUUCUCUACUACAGCUAUCAACUUUGCCACUGUCAACUCUUCUACAGGCUUCAGAUCCAAGCAGUUGCUAAAUAAUAAAGAUACUACAUCCUUUGAAGAUGUAAGUCCGCAAGGUAUUAGUGAUGAUUCUAGUACAGGAUCAAGAGUUCAUGGAGUACAGGACAUUAUCUGUGCAGAUGCUCUUGCUCCUCCUGUUCGUGGCAUUUCAACAAUGUGCAAGGUUCCUUGUCAAAUCUGUUCUUCCAGACCAGCCAGCCUUGAUAGUGGCAGAACAUCCACUAGCAAUAGCAAUAACAAUGCUUCACUCCAUGAAGUCAAAGCAGGUGCAGUUCACAAUCAAAGCAGGCCGCAAAGUCACAGCAGCGGAGAAUUUAGUCUGCUACAUGAACACGAGGCUUGGUCGAGCAGCAGCAGCAGUCCUAUUCAGUAUUUGAAAGGACAUACAAGGUCUAGUCCUGUGCUCCAGCAAAGAAUGCCAGAAACACUGGAUAGUCGUGGAAAACCGACCAAAACCAGUUCUCCUGGAAGUGAAGUUGUUACCUUGCAACAGUUUCUAGAAGAAAGCAACAAGAGUACCUCAAGCGAGAUGAAAUCUGCAAGUGAAGAGAAUCUUUUAGAUGAAGUCAUGAAAAGCUUAUCUGAGUCCGCAGAGCUGACAGGAAAGGAAAAGCUGAGAAAGCCAUCUGCCGGUUGUGGUAUUGUGAGAUCAUUAAGUGUAAAAAAUACAGUUGAUUUCUCAGAUGGACGAUCCAUUAAACCAGAACAACUUGUAAGGCCCAGCCUUCGUAAAACUGAAGAUACCUACUUCACCAGCUCUCCGAUAAAAUUUACAUCAGGCACUCAAGGGAAGGCCAAAUCAGUUAAAGAAAAGAUACAAGCAACUGUAUCACAGCGACAAUCAAGAGAUUGCAAUCCUUAUGCUACCUUACCUCGUGCAAGCAGCGUGAUUUCUACAGCAGAAGGAACUACUCGAAGGACAAGCAUUCACGAUUUUUUAUCUAAGGACAGUAGGCAACCGGUAUCAGUUGAUCCAGCACCGUCCACCGCUGACAGGAGUGUUCCAUCAACCUCUAGUGAGUACUCAGCACACCAGUUAUCCUCUAAUUUUUUUCACUGUGUGGCUUACAGAGUAGAUUGUGUUCCACAGAGUGAUGCAGCUAAUACUGUUAAACCACAUAAUUUAGGCUGUAACUCUGAUGUGCCUAAGACUUCAAGGAUGGAAAGGUCAAAUUUUCGUGAGAGAACUUUGCUAAGCACAAGUGUGUUUAAUGAUAAAGUCAGUAUAUCUGGUAAUGACAGCACAGGAUCAUUUACUGUGACUCAGCCAUUUUUAUCCCUUAACACCGAAUUAGUUAGUAAUAUAAGUGGAUUGCCCCAGAGAACUACAUCAAAAACAGCUGAUCAGGCAAAUCUGUCAGCAUUUAGAUCAGUAGCAAAAAAUCAGCAACAGCCUUCAGCUAAUCAGAAAUCUGAUCCUGGUGACCUAUGGUCAGUUCUAACUAGUGAACUUGUUCCUACCACCUGUGUAAACUCUAGUGGGGCUGAAUCCCCACUACUGGUUUCUGAAGAUAAUAAAACUGUGUGGUAUGAGUAUGGUUGUGUAUGAUAAGGAAGUUCUGCUAUUAAAUAUAUAUAUAUAUAUAUAUAGUCUAAUGUGACAUCUAGGUGUUCUCAACGUCUCCUGAAUUUAGAGAAAAUAUCACUACGAUGAAAAAAGCGAAUUCUUGUUAGGUCUGUGGGUUGUUUUCCAAGCACAACGGCACAGGGCUCAGUUGUGUACUCUAGCAUGUGUGAUUGAUUGUACAAUUGUAACCUCACCAAAGUUUGCAUGAAACAUUAAUUGCACUGUAUAUAUUUUGCAUGCCUUGAAGUCUUUAUAAUACCAGCUUUAUUUUUAUUUGUCACGCAUCACAAAUAUUUUUGGUUUUUUCCUGUACGUUCCUGAAUGCAUGUUAAACCAAUCGCAUGCUGCAUUGCCAAAAAUGGCCCCGUGAGCAACAGAACGGCCGGUACAAAGACAGUACUCUUCAGUUGUGCUCAUGCUUUCAGAUGUGUCAGUAACACAUUGAUUAUGUAUCUGGAGUAAAAGUCUUUCCUUCCCCUUUCAAAACCGAGAUACUAAUGAAAAGAAGCAUUUAGAGAGAGUUCAGUGUCUUACCCCUUUCAUUUAUGCCAUGUCCUGGCAUAAAUGCGCUUUGCACAAGGAACAAGUUCUAGCCCAAUAAUUCAGCGCCUCUAGCUUGUACAAUAAAAACAAAUUACUGUUCAUCCUUAUUAAAAUAUUUGAACAUCGAUAAAUACAAAGACCAUUCAUAAUCCUAAACAUAGAUGAUAAUUCUUAUAAAGAGGUAAUAAAUAGUCACAUGAUAUGCAGCACUUGUAAUGAAAAAAUGAUCCUUUCCACCUUUUCCCUUUUGUAUGCUUUGUCUUUCCACGUCUGGUGUACAAAUGUGGUGAAGUGUACGGUUUUAUUAGGAGUCAAAUAACAGAGUUAAUAUGAGACUCCUUGUGAUGUAUGGUAAUAAAGACCUGUAUUGAUUAUGGUGGAAAUUCAUUUUUUCUUCUCAAUAGAAGUAACACUGAUAUAAUAGAAAGCAAGAUGUGCAACAAAAUAACAGAAAAACUGUUAAACUAUACCACAGUUAAAUAAAUAAAUUAAAAAAAAAAACAAACCCAAAAUUGCUUGGAAAGUUAUGGGAGCGUAGGACUGCUUAAGCGAGUAACCAGCUAAAGAGAAAUGUUGAAAAGUAAUUACUUAAUAUGCCACUGUUUCUGCAAUUGCUUGGAACUUCUUAAUGGUAAACAUAAACAGAAUUUAAAAUUGUAUUGUACUGAAACUAUGAUUAUGUGAGGCUUCAGACAUUAGCACUUUUUUGCAAGAGGACAUAGUUACUGACAGUUACGGUAGGCCAAAAUUACAUAUGCUAUAAAAAAACCAAUGCAAAUAAAUCUAGAGGAAAAAUAUUUAAAAAUGAAAAUAAAUACUGAAAAUAACGAA